AUGGCAGCCACCCAGGACGAUUCACCCAAUGAGGAUUACUUCAACGACCUCACACAACAGCAAUCGGGAGAUGCAGACGGUAGACGUGGGUCCCUACCGGACGAUAACGACGAGAUUCCCAAGCCAAAGAGAAUAGCUUGCGUGUUAUGUCGGAAGAGGAAAUUGAAAUGCGACGGCAAGAAACCGGCUUGUGGCACCUGCAACAGACUACAGCAUGAUUGUUCCUACGAUGAGGUGCGGAGGAAGAGUGGCCCUAAAAGAGGUUAUGUGAAAGCGUUGGAGGCACGAUUGGCGCAAGUAGAGGUGUUGUUGAAGACACAAGACGAUCCACCCGCGACCAGGAAGGGCAGUAGCGGCACUGCAGGAGCAUCCCAGUCACGGCCACAAAAACACAAUAUCCUGCCAGAUGUGAAUCUCUUUUCGACCACACAAUACAAUUCAAAUUCAUUGGCACAAGCAGAGCGCACAGUGACCGGAGGUGACGGCAGUACUCAGAAUCUAUUUCCGCACCCAUCGCUGCCGGGAGCCAGUAAUCUUGGCAGCAAUGCUCCGCCCGAGGAACCCUUCCCGUGGGAGAUGAUAGGUCUUGGUCUGGACGAGCCGCUGCCUUCACAAGAAGUCGUCAAUGAGCUAAAUCAGAUCUACUUCGAGAAGAUCCACCCUUCAGUGCCUAUGAUCCACAGACCACGAUACUAUGCAGCCAUGAACUUAGCACCACAUAUGCGGCCACCGGUGUGUCUAAGGUACAUCAUGUGGGCGAAUGCGGCAGCAGUGACAGACAAGUACGAGGCCCUCCAGGAACACUUCUACCAGCGUGCUCGUAAGUAUUUGCAGCAGGACGAGAUGAAAGGCCAUGGUGAGAACAUGAUCACGAUUGCGCAUUGUCAGACUUGGCUGUUGGUCGCGACCUACGAAUUUAAAGCUAUGUACUUUCCUCGCGCCUGGAUGUCUUCUGGUAGAGGCUCGAGGAUGGCGCAGAUGAUGGGUUUGCAUCGGAUGGACGGAGCUGGUCUGGAUGUGAAGCAGUGUCUACCACCACCGAAGGACUGGACAGAGCGUGAGGAAAGGAGACGUACGUUCUGGAUGGCAUUCGCAGUCGAUCGCUACUCGAGUAUCGGUACUGGUUGGCCCAUGUCCAUCGAAGAAGGUGACAUCUGCACGAACUUGCCAUGCACAGAACAGGCCUACGAUAUGAGCAAACCGGAGAAGACUGGGACGGUCUUCGAGGCCCUUCACCCUGGUGGCGUGCCGAAUAUGUCCAGCUUUGCAGGUGUUGUUCUCAUGUCGUGUCUGUUCGGUCGGAAGUUACUCCAUCUGCACCGUCCUACAGUAGAUGAUCACGAUGACGAUAUAAACGGUGUGUUCUGGAAACGCCACAGCAAUAUGGACAAUUUACUGCUGAAUAUUGCCCUUGCGCUACCCGACCAUCUUCGCCUUCCAUCGGGAUUGAACGACUCGAAUAUCGUGUUCAUGAAUAUGAACAUCCACACGUCCACGAUAUGCUUACAUCAAGCGGCGAUCUUCAAAGCUGACAAGAAUAGCAUGCCUGCCCGCAUAUCUGCGGAGAGUAAGGUGCGGUGUAUCACUGCAGCUGCUGAGAUUGCGAGCAUUAUGCGGCAAAUCAGCCAUCUAGAUCUGUCAGCCAUGAAUCCUUUCAUAUCGUUUUGUCUUUACGUGGCAGCUCGUGUCUUCGUGCAAUAUCUCAAAUCACGACCAAAAGAUACUCAGAUCCGCGCGUCGCUGCAAUUUCUGCUCUCGGCAAUGCAUGCGAUCAAGCGCAAGAACCCGCUUACAGAGUCUUUCUUGGUGCAACUGGAUGUGGAUCUAGAAAGUGCUGGUCUUGAAGACGCUCGCCUCAAGCGCUUUGACAUGGCUAAGAUGCCAGGUGCAGAUGAGCCGAAUGUACAGACCGGGUGUCCCUUCACCAUGGGAAUGCAGGAUAUGACCAAUGGAACAUGUCAUCCGACCUACGGAGACCAAGGUCUUUCUAUCUACAAUGAUCCGAAUGCUGGAGGCGAGAUCGUGCAGCCCAUUACCGAGGUCAACUCCUUCGACUACAAUACAGCGGACAUGUCGGAUUAUGCUUCAGGGGGUGCCUUUGAGCUUCCAAAUCGGCAACGGACGCCUGGCUCUUCGACAUAUCGCAGUCCAGCUUCUGGUGCCAAUGCAGAAAUGGACACGAGUCCGGAUGGCAGCAAUGAGCAAGCUACGCCUCUGUCGUCGUCUAAUCACAACUCCUCGUCCCGUACGUCUCAUACAGGCUACUCGCCACAAGAUCUACAACAACAGCGGCAGCAACAAAGCCAGCCAAUGCCUUCAUCAUCGACAAGCUACCAGGUCGACAACACGCAGGCUGCAUUCUCCUCUGUCUUCAGCUUCGACAUGGCAGACGUACCGACAGCCACAAACACCUCAACAGCGCCGCUACAGAACAAUUUCGACUUCGCACUGCCCGAAAAUUGGGCUAAUGGAUCUACUGGCUUUACACCAGGGCCCUCAACGGGUCUCACACCCGCCCCGACGGGCAUGACACCUGGUGCUUUCAACGAUAUGAUGACGGAUGCGGACUGGACGCAGAUGCUGGACGAUUUCUCGAAUACGGCGUGGUCGGCUGGAAUGCCCCAUGAUGCUGCUAUGCAUGAGGUACCAUCGCAAAAGCGGUGA